AGUUUUGUUGAUCUCUAGGCACUGUUUUUUUAUUUAUGGGUUUUGCUUCACCCUUGGUCUUUCUCUUCAUUACAAAAGAAGAACAAAAAAGGAUCACAACUACAAGUGACUGUUCUUAAGUUUGAGUUUAAACCAAGCAAGAAACAGAUUUCAAGAAUCAGAGAGAGAGAGAGAGAGAGAGAGAGAGAGAGAGAGAGAGGGGCACAGAGAUUGAGAAGAAACACAGCACCGAGCCCUAAAUGGGACUAAACCCGAGAAGAAGAUAACUUCUUUUCGGAAUUUGAGGCAAAUGUCUCUGCAUCCCCAAAUCUCUUCUUCUUCUUCUUCAUUUCUCUUCCUCUUCUUCUUCCUCUGUUUCUUCCUCUGGCACAAAACAAAUGCAGAGCAAAACCAGGAAGCUUCGAUCCUCUACACAUGGCUCCACUCUUCCUCCCGUGCACCUUCUUCAUCACCACCUUCUCCUCUCUUCAACUGGAACUCCAUCGACGCCACUCCUUGCAACAACUGGACCUUCAUUACAUGUUCUCCAGAUGGUUUCGUCACCGACAUCAACAUUAACUCUGUUCCUCUUCAGCUCCCCUUGCCCGACAACCUCCCGGCUUUCCGUUCCCUCCGGAAACUCGUGAUUUCCGGCGCAAAUCUCACCGGAAAGUUGCCCGAGAAUCUCGGAGACUGCCUCGGCUUGACGGUUCUUGACCUGAGUUCCAACAGUCUCGUUGGCGACAUUCCGUGGACUUUAAGCAAGCUCCAGAAUCUUGAGAGCUUGAUCGUGAACUCGAACCAGCUCUCCGGAAGAAUCCUCCCAGGGUUUGGGAACUGCAUCAAUCUCAAGAAUCUGAUUCUUUUCGACAAUCUCUUGAACGGGAAUAUUCCCCCGGAGCUCGGGAAGUUGUCUGGUCUCGAAGUCAUAAGAGCAGGAGGGAACAAAGACAUCAGUGGUCGGAUUCCUCCGGAGAUCGGAGAUUGCUGGAAUCUGACCGUUCUGGGUUUGGCCGAGACGGGUGUUUCUGGUACGUUGCCUUCAUCCUUAGGUAAGCUCAAGAAGCUUCAGACACUUUCCAUUUACACUACACUGUUAAGUGGUGAGAUCCCUCCAGAAUUAGGGAACUGUACUGAGCUUGUGAAUCUGUUCCUGUAUGAGAACAGCUUGUCUGGUUCAAUCCCGAGAGAGAUCGGGAAACUCGGAAAGCUAGAACAGCUGUUUCUAUGGCAGAAUGGUCUUGUUGGUGAUAUACCUGAAGAGAUAGGCAACUGUAAUAAUCUCAGGAUGAUUGAUUUGUCUCUGAAUUCGCUUUCCGGAUCUAUUCCUCUAUCGAUCGGGAGAUUAUCUUUGCUCGAAGAGUUUAUGAUCAGUGACAACAACAUUUCUGGAUCUAUACCUGCAAACAUUGCAAACUGCACAGAUCUUCUGCAAUUACAGCUUGAUACGAAUCAGAUUUCGGGUCUGAUACCUCCAGAACUCGGCUCCUUAUCGAGGCUUAACGUCUUCUUCGCGUGGGCAAACCAGCUCGAAGGAAGCAUUCCUCCGAAUUUGGCAGAGUGUAGAAAUCUCGAGGCGCUGGAUUUGUCUCAUAACUCGCUCACGGGAACGGUUCCUCCAGGAUUGUUUAUGCUUCAGAACCUCACCAAACUCCUCUUGAUAUCGAAUGAUCUUUCGGGUUUCAUACCUCAAGAAAUCGGAAACUGCAGCUCUCUUGUGAGAUUGAGAUUAGGUAACAACAGGAUUUCAGGCGAGAUCCCUCGGGGAAUCGGCUCUCUCAAGAAGUUGAACUUUCUCGACUUGUCGAGCAACCGGCUUCACGGGUCGGUUCCAUAUGAGAUUGGAGGCUGCUCAGAGCUGCAGAUGCUUGAUCUCAGCAAUAACUCUCUCGAGGGCCCAUUGCCGAAUUCGAUCUCUUCGCUUUCGGGUCUGCAAGUUCUCGACUUUUCGCUAAACAAACUCUCGGGCCAGAUCCCCGCGAGCUUGGGACGGCUUGUCUCGAUGAACAAGCUGAUUUUGCGUGGAAACUCAUUGUCAGGAUCGAUCCCAUCUUCUCUUGGUCUAUGUUCAGGUCUUCAGUUGCUUGAUCUUAGCAGCAAUGAGCUCAUGGGAAGCAUUCCUUCAGAGCUCGGACAGAUCGAAGAUCUCGAGAUAGCGUUAAACCUAAGCUGCAACAAGCUCACAGGCAAAAUCCCGUCUUCGAUCUCUUCACUCAACAAGCUUUCGAUUCUCGAUAUCUCCCACAACAUGCUCGAAGGCAAUCUCAGCCCACUCGCCAAGCUCGAUAACCUCGUAUCUCUGAACAUUUCUCACAACGGGUUCUCAGGUUAUCUUCCUGACAACAAGCUCUUCAGACAGUUACCUCCUCAAGAUCUGGAAGAAAACACGAAGCUAUGUUCUUCGAGCCAAGAUUCUUGCUUUAUACGCGACGGAAACAGGAACGGACUCGCUGAUGGCUCAUCCCGAACAAGAAAACUCAGGGUAGCACUCGCUCUGUUAAUCACAUUGACGAUUGCAAUGGUGAUCAUGGGCGCAAUUGCCGUGAUACGUGCGAGGAGAAGUAUGCAGAAAGAUGGAGAUUCCGAGAUCGGAGACACGUAUUCAUGGCAAUUCACACCGUUUCAGAAGCUGAAUUUCUCUGUAGACCAGAUCAUAAGAUGCUUAAUCGAACCAAACAUGAUCGGAAAAGGCUGUUCAGGGAUUGUUUACCGAGCAGAUAUGGAAAACGGCAAUGUAAUCGCAGUGAAGAAGCUAUGGCCUUCAACCGUUAACACUACUGAUGAGAAAAACGCCAUGAGAGAUUCGUUUUCUGCAGAGGUGAAGACACUGGGAACGAUCAGACACAAGAACAUAGUACGGUUCCUGGGAUGUUGUUGGAACCGAAACACGAAGCUGUUGAUGUAUGAUUACAUGCCGAACGGGAGUUUAGGAAGUUUGCUUCAUGAAAGGAGAGGAGCUCCAUUGGAUUGGGAACUCAGAUACAGAAUCUUGCUGGGCGCAGCUCAAGGAUUAGCUUAUCUGCACCAUGAUUGCUUACCUCCCAUCGUUCAUCGAGACAUCAAGGCCAACAACAUUUUGAUCGGUCUGGAUUUCGAGCCCUAUAUCGCGGAUUUCGGGUUAGCCAAGCUUGUAGAGGACGGGGAAUUCGGACGUUGUUCCAAUACGAUCGCUGGUUCAUACGGAUACAUCGCUCCAGAAUACGGAUACAUGAUGAAGAUAACAGAGAAGAGCGACGUGUACAGCUACGGGGUCGUGGUUCUCGAGGUGUUAACGGGAAAACAACCGAUAGAUCCGACGAUACCCGAAGGGAUUCACUUGGUGGACUGGGUGAGGCAAAGGAGGGGAAGCUCAGAGGUCCUUGACCGGAGCCUCAGAUUCCGACAAGAAUCCCAAGUGGAAGAGAUGAUGCAGGUCCUUGGAACAGCUCUCUUAUGUGUCAACGCGUGCCCUGACGAGAGACCCACCAUGAAAGACGUCGCCGCCAUGCUCAAGGAGAUCAAGCAGGAGCGUGAAGAGUACGCGAAAGUUGACUUGUUGCUCAAGAAAUCUCCUCCUGACCAGAGGGAUGAAACGUCGUCGUCCUGUAAAGAUCUCAAGAGAGAAGAAGCGACAGGGAAGAAGAGUAAUAACACGAGCUUCUCCGCUUCUUCCCUGCUUUACUAUUCUUCUUCUUCUUCUUCUACAUGUGGUAAUGCGGUGAAUGGCUUAUGAUUUAUUUUUUUUACGUAUUUUUUUAAAAUAUUUUAUUGUAUUUUUAGAUAUUUAUGUAAAGAUUGAAGAACAGUGUGCGAUCUCCAGUGUUGUGAUUAGGACACAGAGACAAUGACUUCCCUAUUUGUC